UAUUCUUUACCUUUAUAUAUCUACAGAGAAAACUUCAAUUUUUAACCCGGAAUCAGUUUAAGACUGUGAAAUUGUGUGAUACUACAUUGUCUAUCUCUGUGGUGACAGAAAUAGGCUCUACCUCUGGCCAUCCGGCUUCCUAUGGACUGGCCGAAUAAAUUGAGAAGCGAAGUGAAUUAUCGGCAAUAUUUUGGUAAUUUAGGGGGUUUAAUCCCACCAGUAUCUAUCCUCGGCGUCUUAAAUGAUUCAAAAGUCGACUCCUGCUGUGCUUCAGGCGCGCGAUGUAGGAGGCAAAGUGGAAUUCUUAGUGAUGCACCCUGUGCUGAAAGCCUUUGUUUGUGGUUCCAUCAGUGGGACCUGCUCUACUCUGCUAUUCCAGCCUCUAGACCUGCUUAAAACCCGGCUGCAGACCCUGCAACCAUGUGUCAAUGGGUCAGGCCAUGUUGGCAUGGUAACUCUGCUCUUUAAGGUUGUUCGCACAGAAAGUAUAUUGGGGCUGUGGAAGGGCGUUUCUCCUUCCUUUGCAAGAUGUAUCCCAGGAGUGGGGAUUUACUUCAGUACCUUUUAUAUGAUAAAACAGCGCUUUCUGCUGGAUCGUUCCCCUACAGCCCUGGAGUCUGUUUUCUUGGGCGGAACCUCACGUACCAUAGCUGUUGUUUGCAUGUUGCCUAUCACUGUGGUGAAAACACGGUAUGAGGCAUGCGGUUUCACUUCUGUAUUCGAUUUGCAGAGUGGAAGGUACGGCUAUGAAAGCAUACACGGAGCACUGAGAAAUAUUUACCGGUCAGAAGGUAUCCAGGGCUUGUUUAGUGGCCUGACAGCAACACUCCUACGUGAUGCGCCUUUCUCCGGCAUCUAUUUGAUGUUUUACACACAAACCAAAAAGAUUGCACCAUAUGACCAAGUGGAUCCAGCACUUGCACCUUUAGUGAACUUUGGCUGUGGAAUCUUUGCAGGGAUUCUGGCAUCGCUGGCUACUCAGCCUGCUGAUGUCAUCAAAACACAUGUACAGUUGUCAUCUGAAAAAUACCUUCAGACGCGCCAAGCAGUUGCCUUAAUCUUUAGGGAUUAUGGGUUGGCUGGCUUCUUCCGUGGUGCCGUCCCAAGGGCCUUGCGGCGCACACUGAUGGCAGCAGUGGCAUGGACUGUAUAUGAACAGAUGAUGUAUAAAAUGGGCUUAAAAUCCUGAGUGACUUAUGUUGGAGGAUAAUCGGCCUAACUUUGUUCUUCCACUCACUGUGAUUGCUUUGUGAGACUGGCAGUCUGAGCAGAUCUAUGUGAGGGGUGACUUGUACCCAUUUGUGGGGAAGCACUACCUGAUGUCUACGCCAGUGGACCAGGCUCUUAGAAGUGAGAGUGAGCGGAGCAAAAUAUUACUUUGGUCAUGAUUGGAGGAGCAUUCCAAGAAAACUGUGCCAUACUUGGCACAUGAGUGUGCAUCUUGUUAUUGGGUGCAUGUGUGAGCUGUGCUGUCAAGGCCCAGUUUCUUCAGAGGGACUCCCUCCUGAAAGGUCUUCUUCAGCUACUGAUUCUGAGCAGCUUCAGUGGAGAACAUGGGAAAGGUUCUUAAGAAAGAAAUGUUGGCAUUGGGAUGGCUGAACCUAGCAACCUCACAAUUCUUUUCGAUGACUCCAGUCUGCUCAACUGUGUGCUGCCUUCUCUCAUCUUCAGUAAUGCAUUCUCCUUGUAGCCCAAGAAAAAAAAAGCCUAUAGCGGAGACACUUGCAAGGGUUAGAGGAAGUGCAUCUCUUCCAGAGUUUGUCUAGUGCAAUUGUUACUGUGUUAAGUAUUUGAGAAUGAACAAACACCACCAUGACUGAAAGCAACCCUGUGACACAUGCUCUUGCUAUUCCUUAUAAUAAGGAUGGGGAACCUGUAGUCUUCCUUGUGUUGGACUACACUCCCAUCAUCCUUGACUAUUACCAGUGCUGGCUAGGGAUGAUGCAAGUUGGGAGUACACAUCUGGAAGCAUACAGGUUCUCCAUCUCUGCUUUACAGGAUAGCUUUAGUGUGGUCAGCACUGUAGUUGUGAAGCUAUAACCUUCAUCAUGAUUUCUUCUAUUCAAAUAGUCUUCGUUAAGCGCGCCUGUCUUUUCAGUCCUCUUCUUCUGUGUUCAUAAAAUGGAGGAAAAACUAAGCUACUUAAGACAAUGCUUGUGAGUCAAAUGCUGGCACAAAUCCCUCUUAAGCUAAGAAAUUAUCUGUCUAAACGUUGCUGUAAGUCAGUUGUCUUGAGCAAAGCUGACUCUUCAAUCUUCCUGUUUAGCUUUCUCCUAGCUGAGUGUUGCUUGCUUGUUUUUAUUAUGCACUCCUUACUCCACCGAUCAAUCUUAGUGGCUAUGCUGCCAUUGUAUAGUUAUCUUUCGUGUGAAGAGAAUAGAGUAGGUGAAAAGCUAAGUGGAGGUAGCUAUUAAUCUCUGCAUUAAUGGCAUUUAAAACACCUUUGUGUGGCUCCACUGCUACUCAUAUAGCUGUGCUUUCCAUGUUAAGAAGCCUUGUCCUCUCCAAAGAUCUGUUGCCUUGAAGCCUCAUGAGAGAACUUCCUUCUCUCUUUUGUCUAUGAAGGGACUCCAUUUGACUUAGGAGUGCUUGGAGAAACUUGUCCUGGGCCAUUUCUUUUAUUAUUAUUAAAAGCACUGAAUUUUAAAAA